AUGGCUCCUUUAGACGUACCUACCUCGGCUGUACGGACUGUAUCCACGCCUACUGUAUUUACGGUACAACUAGGGGUACUACCGGCAUACCCCACACUUGCUCCGGCCCAGCCUACGGCGUACCCGGCACCACAGCCACCUGGACCUACUGUGUACCCGACACCAGUGGCACCUGUGCCCCCAUUACCUACUUUAUACCCCGCAGUACCUGCACCAGCGAUACCGGUUGCUCCACAUCCGGUACCACUACCUACCGUACAUCCAGCUGCGACCACCUAUGUUGACCCUACAGUGCCACCGAUGGCAUAUGCCCCAGUUUAUGCAGCAGCACUGGGAGUACCUCUCCUGGUCUAUCCAGCGGUACCACCUAUAGCAUCAGUUCCAGUGUUUCCGCCAGUUCAGGCAACCGUUCUGACACAUCUCAUUGGCAUUAUCGCGGCACGAGCUCGAAUCCCAGCAUUAGCAGAGUCGAUGAAGAGUUGA